GUGAUGUGGCCGAUGCCAUUGUUGACCUGGGUGUUGCAAGCGACGAACAGGUGGAGGAAUUGGUGGCGCAGAUGGACACGGAGAACACGGGGCAGAUCGACCGGGAAGAACUGUUUGACGCCUUGAUAUCGCCCAAGAGCUCCGUGAAGCAGAUCUAUCGAAAGCUUCGCAACGGCAUCGCAAUGGAGAUGGCCGAUAGCUGGUUUUCGAGCGAUGCAGGAGAUCAGAGCGAGCCGACCUUAUUCGAGUCUUCGGAGGAAGCUGAUGAAAGGCCGCUGAUGCAGGCGCUGUCCCCCAGACGCAUGAGCUUGGCCUUGCCGGAGACGCCUGACAGCGUGGCAUACCAUGCAAUGCCCAGUAGGCCUUUGAGCGCUCCAAUUCGUGGCAAGGUCAUCCAGAGACCCCUCACGCCUAAGCCCGUAGGGAAGUUCCACGCCAUGCAGUGUCGCAUUCGACGCAGACAGCUCCGGAAGGCUCUGCGCGUGCACAAGGCGCUGACGGAGACCCUGGAGACAAAGGGAGACCUGGAUGCCGACGUUCACGACGUUCAAGAGAAGAGUUCCAGAUGGCCCUUGUCCAGCCCUGAGCCACGACCCAUGAUCCGCAGACGCCUCGUUUGAAGUCACAGCGAACGUUGGACCUCCGAUGUCGACUCGUGGUUUUUCU